ACCGUACACAUGACCUUGUCGUCGCGUUCCAGCAUGCAUCGUUGCAGCUGCAGCAGCCCUUUUCGGAACAGAAGUCCUGCCGCCGCCCAUGACGGACCUGCAGGACGUGAAGGUCAAUGGAGAGGACUUGUCGCCCGAUAGCGGCCGCAACUGGAGCCCGGACGUGCUGCUGGAGCGUGUGAAGAUAUGA